AUGCGAAAUCUCAGCGCAACGCCCCCUCGAGCGUCACCGGCCAAUUCCUUCAUCCCACCCGACCUGGAUAAGUGCGAUUUCGUCUGGGUUCGGCAUGACGCUGUCCGACGACCACUCCAACCACCCUAUGACGGGCCGUAUAAAGUCCUUCGCCGAUCUGACAAAGAUGUUGUCAUCGACCGCAACGGCAAGACCGACACAGUCAGCAUUGGUCGCGUCAAGCCGGCCUACAUCGACGACAGUGACCAUUCCUCACCUCAACAACGUACCCCGCCUCAGACAGUGCGGCCUCCUCCACCUACUGGCGACAGCCCGCCUCCGGUUCGCCGCACACGAUCUGGUCGCCACGUCCACUGGCCCGACCGGUUUGUGGCUGGCUAG